AUCUUAUAUUUCUAAUAACCCUAAGUCCUCACCUCUAACCACUCAAUGCAACCCCAACCCUAACCAUUCACGAUUUGGGACCUUUCAGUGUCUCCAUGAAGCAAGCGUCGAAGAUUUGCUCUCACUCGUAGCCAUCAUUGUGAUGCUAGCCAUCACCCUCCUUCUCAUGUUCUCGGUAACUGGUAGUCUCAAGCUCUCCAAACUCUGCUCCCACAACCACCAACUCGACACCGAGACUGUGGUGGCGGCUUCGGCGGUGCUCCUCUCCCUGGCCGCUCUGUACGUGGUGGACUUCGCGUGUUACAAGCCAGAGAAAGAACGCAAAAUAUCGGUGGAGGGGUUUCUAAAGAUGGGCGAAGAGAGUGUGGGGUUCGAGGAAGAGUCUCGCCAAUUCCAGAGGAAGAUUUCCACAAGGGCGGGUUUGGGUGACGAGACCUACUUUCCCAGAAGAAUCACUUCUUGCUCGCCUAAGCUCUGCAUGAGCAAAGCGCGUCUGGAGGUAGAGGCCGUCAUGUUCGGCGCCCUGGACGCUCUUUUGGUCAUUACGGGGGUUGUUCCAAAGGACAUUGACAUUUCGAUGGUGAAUUGCAGCCUGUUCAACCCAACACCAUCUCUCCCUGCCAUGAUUGUGAACCACUACAGGCCGAGAAGCAACAUAAAGAGCUACAACGCUCACAAUCACACUAUUUUUGGUCAAACAGAUUACAAAUCAAUUCUCUACGGAGGUGUCUCGUUGGACACCUGAAGCUGUGGUAGCACUUCAAGAGGCUGCUGAGGAAUAUUUGGUUCCCUUGUUUGAAGAUAGAAUACUCUGUGUAAUUCACACAAGGCGUAUUACUCUUAGUAAGUUGAUAUAAUUUUUUAAAUUCUUUACUAGAUUUACCUUUCAUCGAUCAUCAAAUCAUCCAUGAAUUUAUCUUCCAUAAAUUCUAUGCCGCUUUUAUUGGUGGAUGAAUUUGUUUGUUUUUUCUUUGUUACAAAAAAAAAAUUGAUUAUUUAUUACAUUAUUAACUAAUUACAUUCAAAAGAAUAUUCUACAGUCUAUAAUUUGUAUGAUGAAAUUUUCUUUGGGGGAAGCAGUAAAUUCUAGAUGAAAAAACUCGUGGUAUUGUAGUGGUUGGGAAAAUUUGUGUAUUUUUUUAUAUAAAAUAUUCAGUUUUAAGUGAGAAAUGCACUUUGAGUUCUGA